CUAAGGCUUUGGUGUUUCUUUUUUGUAUCAGUCAAGAAUGAUAGAAUACAAUCGCGGUCUGUAAUGAAGUCGCAUUUUGGUCUUCUGAAGGAUUGUUUUUGAUUUUUUAUCAAUGGACUAGAAGUAGAACAAGAUGACGAGCAAACACAUUGCGCCUUUAUCGGACUUUGAGUACUGUCAGUACAGUGGGCGAAGCUUCGUGAAGGUCGAUGCGAUUCCCUUAGACUGGUACGACCAUAUACUGAACCGCGAAGGUGUCGGAAGUCUCCUAGAUGCAGCUACAGUUAUCUUUUCGCGCGAGGAAACGGCGUGGUUACAAGAGGAGAAUUAUCUGCAAUUCGACGCAGGAGAUGGGAUCUCGCAUCUUCAGAAGUCGUCUGUAGAAAAUGGAAAUAUCGCUAAUGCUAGUGUAAAUGGCGUUCUUAGCAGCGUUAUGCCCGGUAACAGCAGUUCAUCUUCGUCUUCGAAGGUUAAGCUUAUUGAUGAGUUGUCUCAAGGGCAUUCUAUAACCUUCGACGAAGGUCUAAGUUCUUGCCUCGUGCGUGCGUACAAGCUUCUUAAAAAGCAGGGAUACACGGUACGCUCCGGUCUGAAAAUGGGAGCAGAUUUCCUCGUGUACAAAGGACAGCAAGGACAAACACACGCAGAGUACGCAGUUGUUUGCCAUGACCCUGACGAACCUAGUUGUGAUGUGGACUUAAACGACAUGGGAGAUCCUGGUGUUGAAGUGUGUCGUGGUAGAAUGACAAGCACUUCUUCAAAAAGACCUAGACCGAGUGAAGAUGUAAAGUCAUGUACCAGCUCCACUAGGAAACAUGGGAAGAAAUCGAAUUUGACAUGGGCAGAUGUCGCCGCGAAGUCACGUCUCUGCACUUCAGUCGGCAAGAAGUUGAUCAUUUUUAAUGGUAGAACAGGCAAAGGAUAUCUUGUCAAACGAUGGAAAAUAUGAAAGUUUGUAUCCCUCAAAAAUGCUCAGAGCAAAGCAAAAUGAACUCUGCGGGAGGACC